UCUCCGCCCGCUCCGCCCGCUCCACGCGCUCCACUCGCUCCACCCGCUCCACCCGCUCCACGCCGUCGCCAGCCUCGUUAGCCUCGCCCCCCGAGCCGGACUCGGCCGCGUCAGGCUCGGAUUCGGUCGGUUCCCCCGCGUCUUCCAGUGAUAGUGAUGAACGACCCGCGCCCGCGUAUGUUUCUACUGUGUUCGAACGUUUAGCAGCUGAUUCCGGCCCGGGUGGUGUUUGGGGAUUCGCUGCUGAAGCGCAGAAACAGAAGCAGUUAGAAGUGGAACCACCGAACCAUAAGAGAUUAGAUAUUGAAGCGCAAAAACUAAAAAUACUUGAAAUGGAACCCCACGAGCAGCGACGAAGUGAUUUUGAACCGCGCAAACAAAAAAGGCUCGAACUCGAAACGCCUAAAUUUAAAAGGCUGGAUGUGGAGUCGAAGCUCAGUCGGUUAGAAUCAGAAACCAAACUAAGGAGAGUCGAGCCCGAACCGAUACCAAAAAGAGUAGAAUCGAUACAAAAAAGAAUGGAGCCCGAGCCACCGCCGACCGAGCCAGAGAGACAUCAUAUAGUUCGUCGGCGCAGCAGAUGCGGGGAAAGACUGCUGACUACAUUAUUCGAUGGAUUAUCGGAAUUCUACUCAGUCCGCACGGCAUCUCGGUCGCAGUCGCGGCCGCGGCAGGCCCGCGUAGAGCAGCCUGAGCCCGAGGAGGAUCGCGCCGUGUUGAAGGAGACGCGCAGCACGUUCCGAAAGUACCAAGCGUCUCUGCGUCGCGCGCGCAGUCGUAGUCGAGGAGACGAGGCGUCACCGGAGCCUGAGGCCCAAGCCUCGAUAGUGCGGGCGGUGUCACGAUGUAGGACAGGGCGGGUAGAGCUAGGCUUGGUCCGCCUGUCGGCGUCGGCGCUGGUGCGCACGGCGGCGGCGCAGAAGGCGCGCGCGGGGCCCGCGGACGCGCACAAACUGGUCCGCGGGCUGGCGGAGGCGGGCGGCGCGCGCCCGGCCACCGAUCAGACGGAGGGAAAGCGGUUACCGGCCGGAGUGACGGAGAGUGACGCGGAGCUGUUUAACGCGGCGCUGAGCGCGGCCGCGGGCGGCACUCAGGGGCCUGCCGGGGCUGUGGCCGGAGUCGCAGGAGCCACGCCGGGGCCCGCGCUGGUGGCCGCGCCGGGCCCCGCGGCCGGACCCGCGCCCGGCGCUGGGGACGGGGUGGCCCCGCACGCACCGCCGCGGUGUCCGUCGGCGAUAGAAUUCGGCCAGUGGGAGAUUGACACCUGGUACUCCAGCCCCUUCCCACAGGAAUAUGCUAGACUACCCAAGCUGUUUUUGUGUGAGUUUUGUCUCAAGUAUGCGAAGAGUCGGGCGGUGCUGUUUCGCCAUCUGGAUAAAUGUCUUUGGCGACAUCCGCCUGCCACAGAAAUAUACCGCUGCGGGGAUAUAUCGGUCUUCGAAGUAGAUGGGAAUGCUAAUAAAAUCUACUGUCAAAAUCUUUGUCUCCUCGCCAAACUGUUCCUCGACCACAAAACUCUGUACUAUGAUGUGGAGCCAUUCCUAUUCUAUGUACUAACCAAAAAUGACAGCAAAGGUUGUCACCUCGUUGGGUACUUCUCCAAAGAAAAACAUUGUCAACAGAAAUAUAAUGUCUCGUGUAUCAUGACAAUGCCACAAUACCAGAGGCAAGGCUACGGGAGGUUUCUCAUCCAUUUCAGUUAUUUACUUUCAAAAGAAGAAGGACAACCUGGCACGCCGGAGAAGCCUUUAUCUGAUCUUGGUCGAGUUUCAUAUCAUGCAUAUUGGAAGUCCGUAAUACUCGAAUAUUUGUAUGACCACAAGGAUAAACCGUUCACGUUUGAAGACAUCGCUCAAACGACGGGAAUGCACAUGAAUGACAUUGCAGUAACGUUUCAGUUACUUGGAUUUGUUAGACAUAUUCCUAAUGAAGAGACAACCAAGUUAGGUCUUUGCAUAGAUUGGACCAAAGUUGACAAUCACAUGAACAAAGUGAAGAGCAAACCUCGACUGGAGAUUGAUCCUGAAUGUCUCAGGUGGACUCCACUCCUUGCGCCUACUGUGAAUCCGUUUAGAUCCCCCGAAGAAGCUUCUGGCGACCAAGAUACUGAGAACGACGAAGCAGAAUGUAAGACUGAGAGUGAAGACACCGCCACAGAAUCCGAAGCUCCUGCGCCCAAAGAAGAACCUGCCGUCAAAGAAGACAUGGAAACACCAGAACCUCCUGUUGAAGUGACGUCAUCAGGUAGAAGACGGACAAGACCUCUAAAGUAUAGCGAAACUACGUAUCAAACCACUCCAGUUCUUACAGAAGGUACUCGUAAACGGAAGCGGGAAGUAAGUAGAAAGAUUUCGGAAUCCAAUUUGGAUGACGAAAAAAUUAAAGAAGAAGAAACACCUCGAAGACAGAGAAGUAAGAGCGUCGCCAGAAGGUCGUCUAGAGUUACACAGAAUGAGGCUGUAGAGGAGCCAGUGACACCAAGAAAUAGAAGACAAAGCAUCAAAGAAGCACCUUACGCAUCUGACAGCCAAGAAAGUCAAGAGAGUAUGGACUUGGAUGCCAUCACUCCUGCCGCGGUGCCUGUCAGGCCCAAGGCUAAAAGAAAAAUUGGUUGCAAAGGACGCCAGAAGAAACGACAGAAAGUUAACAAGAAUACAGCGCCCAACGCAUCACCGGCAGCUAAGAAACCGAAACUUGAUGAGUCUAAAGAGAAAGUUAAUGAUUAUAAAACUGACGACUCCAUGGAGCCUUCUAGUACAGUGCCCGACGAGGACACCGUCACUCCUCCUAAGGACAAACAAGAUGAGAAAUCACAAGAGAAAAAUAAAAAUUCAGAAGCAAGUUCUGAAGACUCUUCUGGUGAAGCUGAUGACGAGAUGGAUGUGGAGGAAGGUGAAGAAAGAAAGGUAGUCACUAGUAAACCAGCGUCGCCUCGACACUUAGAAGAAAACAGCACUGACCAUCACACAAGUGAUAUGGAACUAGACAGCAUACAUAUGGACUCACCGAAAUCAAUCGCUGAGAAAGAUCAAGUUAUCAAUGAGGCUAGUUAUAAACCAGACGAUGCGGCUACCGACAGUAGAACGGACGCAUCGCCAGCCAAACCUGAGGAGGAGACUAAUACAAAGAAUGAUGAAACUGAUGAGAACAAAUUGUCUGAACCUAAAAACGGUGAAAUGAAGUCUCCUGCUAAACCGGCGCUGGAAGACAAGGAAACUAUUAUUAUAUCCGAAUCUGACGAUAACAACAGCCAGAGUUGUCCUUUACCAUCACCUAAAAAUAAUACAGUAGCUCCAGUGCAGCAAAACAAUGAGAAUAAACCUAAAGAGGUCGAGGAGAAGGACAGUCCCUCUAAAGUGAUACCAGUAGUUUCCACCGAGAAUGCGCACAUUGUGCUCGACCCCAGUGCUAGGGUACAAGAAGACGUGAUCUCCAUCAAACCUGCAGUGGACCUAAUUGUACCAAAAAUAUGUCAAAUAGUGAGCAUUGAAACUAUAGUCGUUGGAGAGUCUGAUACCGCAAAUUCUCCACGGACGGGCAUGUCACCCGAGAAAACUGAUACAACAGUGAUUAAUGAGUCUCCCAAACCUAGAAGAUCACCAGACAGUAUUAAUGCCGACGUAGUUAGUGAACAAAAGCAAUGCGAGAUGCGGAAAGAAACAGUGAUUCAACAUCAAAAUAUAGAAGAUCCUAAAAAUACGGAGAAAAAGUCGUCACCGAAUAAAGUAGAUACAAUUCAAAAUUUAGAUAAUACACAUAGGGAUAUAUCAAGUAUGAAGAAGCCAGACCCCAUCAAAAUAGAUAGUUUUCCUGAAAUUGAUAAUAGGAAUAAAUUACCAAAUCCAAUAGUUAGUAGAGAAAGUGAGAUGCCAUUUCGGAACGAUAUAAUGAGUACUAGGAAAGACGAGAUUAUUAUCACUAGAAAUGUUAUUGAACAGACGACAAUGCAGAAUUUUCAAAAUCCUGUGAGUAAUUCCAUGACAAUCCAGCAAAUUAACACGGCUCAGCAUUCUUACCUGAAUCAUAGAGCUAAUGUCAGCAAAGAAUCGCAAGCUGUACAGACUGAUAAAAUACUUGUGAAAUCUAGUGAACAAAAUCGCGCAAUAAACAGCACUUUGGACUCUUCCCCAGUGAUUAGUAAAAGUACGACAAAGUUAGAAGUACCGCAUCCAAUAUCGUCUCCAGUGAUAAACCCAGUGAUACCCAAAGUGCCCAAUGUAUCAGAUAUGAAUUUUUUACCUCGAUGCCAAAGCGCUAAUGCGGCUAUUAGUAUGGGUUUGGAAAGAGCAGAUUUAGAAGCAAGUUUCGCUAAUAGUGCUGCUAUUCAAAAUUCAUUGACCGGGUCUAUGAGUAUAGCCCAAACAAAUUCUCAAGACUGUAAGAAUGAUCCUAAUCUAAAACCUAGAGAGAAAAGUAAACUACGUGACGUGCGAGUGAACUCUGCACACAGCAAGCUGGAGAAGACGGACAAGAAAGCUAAGAAUGACACGCCUAGGAGUACGCCUGAACCGAAGAUGUUUUUUCCAGAACAAAAUGUUAACUCCAGGAAACCAGAGACGUCGGUCCCUAUAAACGUGAUCAAUUCGGUGCCAGUCACAAGCAAAGUCGAAACUAAAACCAAUGAAGCACCAAAAAAGCAAGAUUUUUUUAAGAAAGAGAAAUCUAAUACCAAGUGUGACUCAAAAAACCAAUCAGUGAAACAUGACAAAAGUUGCACAGCUCAGCUCAACUUGAAAGCUGAUCAGAACGACUUGAACAAAAUGCUGCCCAAGUUUAAGUAUGAUAAUGAAUUAGUGCCUAAAGCAGACUAUGCUAUGAACCAAAUACCUAAUUACCACACCACGCACGGACAGUACCAGUGGCCGCCCUGGGAUCCUACUAGGAUACAGGGCACUUGGGAACAUAACAGAUUUUUAGAUAAUAUGAAAAAUAUAGUUAGCGAAAAGAAUUACUUGGAUAAACACCAAGGUUUCAACCUCCCCCAUUUAGAUCAAGUUCAGAAGUCCCCUCAAAAAUUACUUCCUAAAUAUGAUCAGAAAGAUUUCCACAAUAUAGCUUACGGUGCAUUAAGCAGUAGUCUGUAUGCUACCACGGGUUUGCCGCAUUUUAAAGAGACCAAGACGCCGACUUCCAAAGCGGAAUGUUCACAGAAAAAUGAAUGUAAACCAUCGAAACAGUCGAAAACAACGACUGCUUGUCAAACGCAGUGCGAGCCGAAGAAGUCACAGUCUCAGAACGCUGCUGACCAGAUGAAACAAAUGAUGCAGAGACAAGUGAGCAAACAGCAAGACGUGGUCACUAGUUGUGCGGAGUACAGGCAGCAGAGCUCGCAAGUGUUGACUUCUCCCGGCUGUAAGAGUUUCAAUCAAAACGGGCCUUGUGGACAAGAAAAGGAGAUUGAAAAGAAGUCACGGCAGAAGAAGGAAGAGUCUCCGAAGGAAAGUAACAAGGAGGAGUUGUGCGAAGCGGUCAGUCCCGCUUUGCAGUCGAUGGGGGUGUACACUCCGGACUCCACCAGCAACUCCGUGCACUCCGUACAGUACCCCGCCUGCGAGCUGGACGUCAGUCAGCUGGGGCUGGAGUCGCCCACCAGUAUCGGCUCGGACCUGGCCUCACCGUGCUCCAUGAUGCACAUGCACCCCGCGCCCAGUCCGCAGUACUCCUCCAUACACAUCCCGUCCAUCAUGAGCCAGCCUAAUCAGCCGCCCAAGCAGCAAAAAAUUAACAACAGGAAUAGGAGCAGCGGUGCCAGCAGUAGCAGCGGCGGCGCGGGCGGCGACGCGGCCAAGCAGGCGGCCGCCGCGCCCGGCCUGCGCGCCGCGCCCACCCCGCCCGCCAGGCACCGCGCCACGCCGCCCGCGCACCAGCACGCGAGUUUUUUGGACGCAGCGGCGGGCGGCGCGGUGAUGCAGGGCGGCGCGGGCGGCGGCUACCAGGGCGGCUACCUGUCCUUCCAGCAGCAACAGCAGUACCACGGCGGGGGCUGGCCGCCGUCCUGCUCGCUGGCCAAGCUGCAGCAGAUGGCCGACGCGCCGCAGCACCACCCGCCGCACCAGUAUUUCGAAUCUAGUUGUUUCCUACAGUACGGGCAGCAGUCCAGCACGCCGCCGGCCGCCCCGGCGCCGCACUACCACGCCGCCGCCAAGUACUACCCGCCCCACAACCAACUCGACUCGCCCAGGAACACACGGAACACCUCCAGCAACCUGAGCCCGAUGCAGCACAUGCAGAUGGCGCCGGGCGCGCGCAUGUCGCCCAACCUCAACACGCACAUCAUCAGCGGCUACGGCCUCAACGGGUACCGCGUGCCGCCGCAGCAGCAGUUCAACAACCUGCAGAUGAUGAACGUGCAGGGCGGCGUGCAGUACGGCGCCGCCGACCCGCGCGCCCAGCAGGGCAACGUCUACUACGGGUACAUCAACCCGCCGCCGCCGCUCGCCAUGCAGACGCUCAACUCCACCAUGCGCCGGUAGCACGGCCGCCGCCGUGUCGGACGAUGCGACCCUCUUGUCUUUAAGUAUAGCAUAGUACAAAUAGACGUUUGCUUUCUCGCGAUAAGUGCUAGUUUGUAUAUAAAGUUAAUCGAGAUGAACAUGAACAUCGCUUCUGUUGCCUUACCCCCCGGCCCGCGGCGGUCUCGUGGCAGCUCUGUUAUUGUUUUUGUAUCAUAUGUAUGUAAAUCACGUUUUGUUUGUCGUUGAUAAAGUGCAGUACCCGGUGAACUGAAUAAAAGUACAAAAUUGCAGAUAAAAUGUAUUUAAAUCUGUCUAUAAUAAUAAUGACUACGUCACUGAACUGUAGCAUAAUGAUAGUGCAAUAAAUGUAUGUACUCUGGUAGUAAUCUGCUUCGUUUUGUAUGACGAGUGGCGCGUGUGUGACGCGUCUGAUCUAUAAAUUAAUAUAUUCUCGAUUUCCAAAGAAACAAUGUAAAUGUUAAGUCUUUGGUUAUGUUGAAAUAAGUGCAAUGUUUUUACUGAUGGCAGAUUGUACUACAGAUGUAAAGAUUGUUUGGAGCUCGUAUUUUAUAUGUAUAUGGUGUUUACGUUUUGAUGUAUUUGUAUCGUGUCGCGACAGCGUAGGUCGCUUGUACAGUUGCCGUUGUGUAAUUAUAAUUUUACAUAGGAGCCUAGUUUGUCUGAAUCUGUUCUAAGUGCCUCUCACGUCCCGUCUGUCUGCUUGACUUCAGUGUAACAUAUUGUAAUGUAAGAAGGCUGUAUACAUAUAGAGCUGAUAAUUUUAGAGUACUUGUAAGAUACGGUUUCCUUUGUUCAAUGUGAUAGUGCGCUGACUAGAGUCGUGGAGGAGCGCGGGGCCGCCCUGUGCGCGGCGCGUGGUUACUUACGUAAGCAGGCCUAAUGGAAUGAAGGAUUUUUAUAUUUUAUAUUAUUUUUACACAGGUAGUUUUAACGUUUUAUAAUUGCGAUGAUAACUUUGUUUUACCGCUUCGCUUAAGGAUUAUGUUCGUGUUAUCCCAGUAAUUUAUUGCCAAAUGUUAUUAACACUUACGGUUACUAUAGUUACAAUGUUAAGUAUUUUAGUUGUCGUGUUUAGUUUCGUCCUCUUGCACGAGUAGGUAAGGAUCGUCCGCGCGGCGCGGCGGCGGCUGUCGCCCGCCCGCCCUAAGUUAUUUGUAAGAUCUGCUCCUCUAAGGUUAUGAAUGUUAUUUGUUACUAAUGUGUAGUAUAUAAAAUAUUGUAAAUACAAUAACAGUAAGGAACAUGUAGCAGGUGUUAUCACACAAAAUAUAAUUUUG